UUAGUUAUCAUUUCGCCUGUACAGAUGGAGAAGGCGGAGCCCUGUUAGGUCUCAAACUCUCCUGACAUACAGUAUGUCAUAGCUGGGUGACAUCCCUUAAAAGUGCUGUUUUGUUUUUUUUUUAAAGCUGGACCUUCAGCGAGAAAUGAAUUGCUUUCAUAUAGAUGACUUUGUAGCUGGGUGGAUAGGCGGAGCUUCCAGUGUUAUUGUGGGGCAUCCACUUGACACUGUAAAGACACGUUUACAAGCUGGAAAUGGGUACAAAAACACUUUACACUGCAUUCUUAAAGUCUACCAGAAAGAAAAUGUUUCUGGGUUCUUCAAAGGCCUGUCUUUUCCUUUGGCCAGCAUAACUCUCUACAACUCGGUGGUAUUUGGCACCUUCAGCAACACUCAACGGCUUAUUAGCCAGUUUCGCCAUGGCGACAGGAGGCAUCCUUCCGAUAUGUUGGACCUGGUACUCUCCAGCACGAUGACUGGCUUCAUUUCUGUAGGGAUUGGUGCCCCUGUGGAUCUGGUGAAAAUACGGCUGCAGAUGCAGACCCAGCCUGUUGUUACAGAGGCUUUGAAUCUUGCGGGUGAGUGCUGGCGCACAGUUGGGGUCCAAGAGAGAGUAGUGUACAGGGGGCCUCUUCACUGCAUCAGCAACAUUCUCCAAAAUGAAGGGGUCCCUGGGCUGUAUCGUGGAGCUUGGGCCAUGGUGCUCAGAGAUGUUCCAGGGUAUACUCUCUACUUCAUUCCUUACGCCCUGCUCUGUGGCUGGAUGACACCAGAGGGACAUGCUUCGCCUCACCCUUGUUGCAUUUGGCUUGCAGGUGGAAUAGCUGGUUCGAUCUCCUGGGUCACUGCAACACCAGCAGAUGUAGUGAAGAGCCGACUCCAAGCUGAUGCUCUUCACCAAAGGCAAUACAAAGGGAUUUCCCACUGUAUCUUGCAGAGUUACAAGACAGAUGGGUUACAAGUAUUCUUUCGAGGCACUACAGUAAAUGCUAUUCGGGGAUUCCCAAUGAGUGCCACCAUGUUCCUUAGCUAUGAGCUUGCUCUGAAAUUCUUCAGAGGCUUGUAGCUGGCUUCAUUGUUCUGUGGUCCACAAUCAUUUCAGCUUCAUUACUGACUGACGUUGAGGACCUGCCUGGAAGAAUUGAUCCUCUUCAUGUUCAGGUUUGGCAAAUUUGUAGAAGAAGCAUCAACAGGAGUCUGAUUAAUAUGAAAACGCUGCCCAAAAGUGAUUGUCUUUAAGUGUGCAGUAUUUUCUUAUAUUAAGAAUUUAGUUGCUUGAGACAAAGAAUUCAAUGAGAGAAAAAAGCUGAAACACAUUGAGCUUUUUUCUUCUCCUUAUGUAAUAUGUAAAUAUAGCAUGAAACCAUUUCUUUAUUGAUGUGCACUUUAUGUUCUGUUAAAACUGCAGUUACAGUAUAUAAGCAGAAAACAACUUCUCUGAACAAAAAUCACUUAAUCACUUAACUACCAUGGGUUGUAACAAAAUGCUUUAACAAUGAUUGAAAAUAUAUCAAAAUCAUAUACUGAAAUUUAGUUGUAAGAAAUAACAGUAUUAACUAUAAGAAUGUUCUUUUAACAAAAAAUAAUUUAAGAAUAUGAAAUGCACCAUUUU